AUGAAGUUGUACGGCAACCUCAUCAGUCAGCCCAGUCGCGCGGCCGAGUGGGUCCUUCGCCUCAAGCAGGUGGACCACGAGCUCGUGAAGAUGGACUUUGGCAGCGCCGCGUUCACGUCGGCCGAGUUCCUCGCGUUGAACCCCAACGGCCAGAUCCCUGUGCUGAAAGACGGCGACUUUUUCAUCUUUGAGGGCAACGCCAUCUUGGUGUACUUGGCGGAGAAGCUUGGCUGGACGGACCUGUACCCGACGGACGUGCAAGCCCACGCCAAGGUGAACCAGUACUUGCACUGGCACCACACGCACACGCGUGAAAUCACAUCGAAAGUGCUCGUGCCGCUCAUGCACACGAAGAUGAACAUUGGCACCCCAGAAGAGGCGGUCAUGAUCAAGGGCUCGACGACGAUGCUCACGAAAUUGGCCGACACGACGGAGAAGCUCCUGGUGAAGGACUUUGUGGCGGAGACGGACCACCCAACGAUUGCGGACGUUGCUGCCUACUGCGAGUUUGUCCAGGUGGAGCUCAUGGGCAUCUUUGACUUUAGCAAGCACCCCAAGCUGUCGGCCUGGCUCGGACGGAUGAAGAAGGUGCCGCACCACGACGAGAUGCACGCGGACCUGGACGGCUUUUGCACGAGCUUGGGACUCAAGACCAAGGCGAGCGCGUAA